AUGCGAGCAGUGGAGUCGAUCGGGAAAUUAGCAACGCGCUGGACGCACCUGCGAGACUUGUAUUUCGAAGAAGCCGACUCUCUCGAAGUCGAUUUGGUGAUAGCGUGUGACGUACCCAAAGCACACUGGGUCCUGGACCGGAGACUGGGCGGUAGGAAAGAACCAUAUGCUGCUCGCACCAUGUUCGGGUGGACGUUGUUUGGACCACCUCACGCGACAAAUCGUAAACCGUUAUCAGUUAACUUCACCAGCAUCACCGCUAACAACGAUACGAUCGAAAAAGCUCUCCAAAUGAUCUAUGAUAAUGAGUUCGAUGACUUGAACGACCAGAAAGGGGGCCCUUCCGUAGAAGAUAACCAGGCAUUAGCAAUAGUCGAAACAGAGACACGGUGCCAGCCCGAUCGGUUCGAAGUGCCGUUGCCAUGGAGGACGGGAUACGACUGA